CCGACCAGCCCAAGGAGGCGCUGGCGCAGCGGGUUUCGCGGAGGGCGAGCCGCGGAGAACAUCCAACGGUGAAAUUGGACGCCGAAGACCCACAAGCGGAGGCCCGAAUGCAGGAGCUGGGGCAGCUGAUGCGGAGCUCCUUCAACGAGUGCGGGCCCACGAACGUGCUGCUGGGCAAGCAAAUCGAAAACAUUGACCAGCUGUCGGAGCUGCGGGCCGAGAUGUGGCGGGACGCGACGCAGGAGUUCGUACCCGACCGCGAACUCUUCCAGGAGUGGCGCGAAGAGAGUCUGCGCAGCUCCCGCCGACUCGAAGAGCAGCGGUUGCGGCUGUUCCAGCUGGAUCUGGAGCGGCAGAAGCAGUUUGAGUCGCAGCUACAAGCCGGUCCUGCUGGGAAGGUGGUACCGGGAUUCAAUGUGACCCCGGAGGCUGCAGCCACUCCGAAGAGUGAUGGUGUGGGAACUCCUAUUUCAGCAGGCGAAGGAAGAAAGGCGUCAGACAUAGUAGUGGCACCGCCGCCGGCGGAUGUUGAUGUGACGAGCGCGACUGUUGAAAUCGUUGACACCGCCACGGCAGAGGCGGAUUUGCGCGCCAUUGGAAAGGAGCAAGCGUUGCUUUUCUUUCAGGAGCAAAGCCACCUGUGCUCUUCAACGGCUCCCGCGUCGGACGACAAUUCUACCGCCGUGGAAGGUGGUCCUUCGCGCCACAACAGUCGCAUCGCGUUUUACGUGGAACCGCCGCUCUUCGCCGGGACGACACCUCGAGAAGACGGAGAGUUUUCCUGGGCGUCGCAAUCCGACGGCUCGCAGUACUUCGCGAAUUCCGGACCUUAUCAGGGACAAGCCCAGCGUCCAGUGGCGGCCGACGAGCGGAAGCUUCAGCAGCUGGUGAGUCAGGGCCGGGUGCCCAUCACGCACGAUCCCAGCUGCGUCUUUGUGGAAACCAAACUGAAAAACACACGCCACCACGCGACGCAUCCACAGGGGCCGCGGCCGCAAGUGCGCUCAACUGCAGAUUCACCGUCGAACAAGAGCCCUGCACCCGCGUGGUGGUGGGACACGUCGACCGACAACGGCGGGUUGCCGCUCGCCAACCUGGACACGCUGAUCGCUUCCCCGUGGCAACUGGGAUCCGCACCCACCGUGACGCUGGAGGAGUCCGCGAAGUACAAAACGGGCGCCCGGAACUCCGGGCUCGACGUGGUCUUACCUCCCUUUGAGUACGCGCUGGACGAACUCAGUGCGACCGCGAUCUGUUCGGGCAAGGAGGUGCGGAGCGAACCGCCGCAAACCCAGAAGACCAUGAAGGAGCUGCUGACGGAUGAGCUGGACUCCAUGCUGCCGCCAACCGCCUCCGAGUCGCAGUUUGACGCCUCGCCGGCGCUGGGGAUUCCGUCGAGCUCGCGUGGUCACUCCUUAGGUGCGGCUUCCGAUGCACAACAGACCGGAGCGGACGAGGAGAAUCCCGAACACCCGCUGCAAGCCUCCCCCGCCGAGAAGGAGGCGGAGCGGACAAAUGGCGUGCGCGUGCGCAAAUCGCAGGAGAUGGAGAAGAUCCUGGUGGCCGAAAAGGCGUCGAUGACGGAAUUCAACCAGGAUUUGAUCGCGAACCUUUUACCGCCCACGGGCGAAGUUCUGGCGUCCGCGAACUUGAGUAACAGCGGGAACCCGAAGCCGAUGAAUUCCUCCCGGCGGAUCGAGGCGAUCGACGAAACCGCGCAGAGGAUCGGCACCGUCCACGACCUGAACGAAAGUCACCUGGCCCUGCUGUUGCCCCACCUGAGUCCGGCCGAAGUCGGCAAUGCGUUGCUGCACCCCGCGGCUUCGCCGCAACGGAGCUCGUUGAAGGAGAAGAGUUUGACGGAACAGCCGUCCCGGCAGGAGAAGGACGCGCCGCCACCCGAGCAUCUGCACACCUUGGAGCACUUCCACUCGCAGGUGGCGUCCCUGGACCGCACGCUGCCGCCGAUGGACUACGACUUGCGCGAUUCCCCGGCCGCGCAAAACCGCGAGACCAACACCGACGUGCACUCGCGGCACCCGGACAUCGCCUCGGUCCACAAGCACAUCAUCGACAGCCACGCCGACCACCGCGUGUUCGACUCGAAGCAGGAGGAAGCAGCGCCGCAGCCGCUGGUGUCGGCCGCGCAGCCGCUCCUGCCCGCGGUGCCGCAGGUUGCGGCGGUCGAUGCGUCCGAGCAGAAGCGGAACACCGAGUCGUUAUCGGCCCUGGAAUCCGAGUUCACCAGCAUGAAGCAGGCGCAAACCAAGUUGCGCGAGGAGAUGGAGCAGAGCAUGCGCAGCGAGGUGGAGGAGAUGCGCGCCCAGUUGCGGGCGCAGAUGCAGCAGGAGCGGGAGGCGCAGCAGAAAACCGCGGAACUGCAGGAACUGGAGCGCCGGAAGCAAAACGAGGUCGCACAGACCGCGCGCGCGGAGCAGGAGGAGGUGCAGAAACAGUUGCAGGCGGAGAUGGCGGAAAAGAUGAAAGCCGAGGUGGAGGCCAUGAAGAAAUCCCUGCAACAGGAGAUCGAGCAGAAGGUGCUCCCGGUGCAGGCACUGGCCGUCGAAGCCGCGGAGAAGUUACAAGCCGUCAGCGCCACGGCGGCGGAGCAGGCCGGAGCACCGGCGCGACCGGAGAACCAAGAUCCCGAGCCCGCGCGGCCCACUUCCUACGCGCUGCUGAAAAGCCUGCGGGACGAGCAGGACGAGUUGCAGAAGAGUCUGCGGACGGAGGUGAGUGCGAAGAUGCAGGCCGAAGUGGAGGCUUUGAAGAAGGCUCUGCAGGAAGAGAUCGAACAGAAAAUCCUGCCGGUCCAAUCCAUCGCGGAGGCGGCCGCGAAGACGCAGGCACAACAGGUCCUCGAGUCGCAGCAGGCAGCGCGCAACGACGCUGCUGAUUUCGCCGCGGUCCAGGAGCGUCAGCAGGAGCAACAACGACUGCUGCGCGAGGAGAUGGCCGCCGUGCUGCGGACAAAAGUCGAAGAGAUGAAGACGUCGUUGCAAGAAGAGAUGGCGCAGAAGAUCCUUCCUGUGCAAUCUCUCGCCGAGGAGGCCGCGCGCCGCAGCUCAAAGCCUGAGCAAGGCGAACAGCACCCUGCAGACCAAAAUCCGGUCGCUAGCGCCGAGGCGCUUCAGGCGAUUAAGGACGAACUGCGGACGGAAUUGCAAGAGCAAAUCACAUCCACGAACGUAGUUUCCCCGCCUGCCGCACCUUCCGCGAGCACCGAGGCGCAGCUCCAAGCACUGAAAGACGAACUGCGGACGGAAUUGCACGAACAGAUUCGCCACGUCUCAUCUUCCCCGCACCAUCAUGUUGAGAACCAGCACAACGGUGCAACCAAUGGCACCGGCCCGCUUACCGAGGAGUUGCAGGAGAAACUGCGGCACGAGCUGCAGGCGUCUAUAGAGACGGAGUUGCACCAGGCGCGGGCAACGCUGAAGCGGCAGAUGGAGGAGGAGCUGGAAGCCGAGCGCAAGGCGGUGGAGCACGAGAUGGAGCUGAAGCGUGAGCGGCUGAAAACGGAAUUUGACCAGGAGAAGGAAACCUUGCUGAAAACCCUGGAGCGCGAGCGAAAAGUGCUGCACACCGAGGUGGACCAGGAGAAGCGGCUGUUGACCGUCGAGUUCGAGAAGCAACAAAAAUUGCUGGACCAGAGUCUGCAGCAGGAGCGCGACCGGCUGCACGAGCAGUUCGCGACGGAGCGGCGGUCCAUCGAGGAGAGUCUCGGCAAAGAGAAGGCCGUGCUGGAGCGGGGCGUGGAAAAGGAGCGCGAGGCGCUGCAGAAGCAGUUCGAAAAGGAGCACCAGGAACUGCAACUGCAGCUGCAAAAGCAGCAGCAACGGCUUGACGAAACGCUUCACGAGGACCGCGAGAAGCUGACGCAGGAACUGGUGGAAAAGCAGAAGGCGAUGGAGCUGUCGCUGCAGAAGGCGGAGCGCGAAGUGGAGCAGGAGCGGAAGCAGAUCGCACAGCAGAUGAAGGACGAGAGCGAGGCCAUGCAGCGGGAGUUCCACCAGCUCGCAAAGGAGAUCCACGCCACGCGGGACCACACGGCGCAGGAGCUCGCGACCGAGUUUGGCGAGCACCGGGCCGCGCUGCAGAAGGAGCUGGCGCGGGAGCAGGAGAAGCUGCAGAAGGACCUGCGGCGCGACCAAGAGCACUUGCAGGCGGAGCUGCACGAGGAGCAGGUGCACCUGCGCGAGGAGCUGCAGGCGCAGGAGCGCUCGUUGCAGGAGGAAUUUCGUGCGGAGGAGCGGAAGGCGCAGCAGCUGCUAGAGACCAAAAUCCACGAGGGCCAGAGCGCGCUCGGCCUGAAGGCGCGCAAGAUGGAAGAGGAGCUGGCGGAGGAGAUUUCGCGGACUCGCGAAGACAUCCACCGGGCCAACCGGGAGGAGGAGGACCGGCUGGAGGACGAGCGGGCGCAGCUCCGGGAACAGAUGCGGCUGCAGCGCGAGCAGAUUCAGCAGCGCCUGGAGGAGGAGCGCAUGGAGGUGGCACACGAACUCGAACAGGACAAACGAGAGUGGCGGGAGCGAAGGCUCAAACAGCACGAGGAGGAGCUCCGAGAGAAAAUGACGGAGAACAUCUCCGCACAGCUACAGCAGGAUCUCGCGCGCCACUUGGGUGCGCGGGAUCGCCGGUUGCAGCACAACAGCGAGCUGCUGCCCGCGGGCGGUGGCGUGACCUCCUUUGCGUUGCACGACUCGGAGGGCGAGUUGAUCGGGAGCCGAGCGACAUUGAUUGACGAUCUCCAUCCGCACCUCGGCGCACGACACUCCAAGAGCCGACGUUCGCAUUCGCGCGGGGGUUCUGCGCUGGAGGAGGAACAGGCACUGGAUAUGCUGCUCGAGUCCACGAUGCGGCACCGUCACCGGCGCAGGGAGCGCGAGCGCAGUGCUAUUGCCGACGGGGACGUUUUGCAGCUGACGCAGAAGACGGAUCACCUACUGCGUUCUCGGGACGGAAUUGCAGCGCGCGAGCACGCCGGGGCGCACCGGCACACUCGGGCGAGCAAAAGCCCCAAGACGUCGCAACACCUGCACUCGGGGAAGUACAGCAGGCUUGGCCCGGACUUCGACCACGAUCAGUACCUGAACCACAACGACUACAGCAACCUGAACGACGAGCUGAUCAGCUCGAAGGCGAGUUCGCACCGCCGCGAGCUGCUGGACUUCCUGUGCGUGGCCAACGGCACCACCACGAGGGGCGCUUCUCUCGCAGGCCCGAACAAGUACUUGGCGGGGACCUCUCUCGCGCACUUGAACGUCCGACCGCAGCUGCGGGAUUUGAUCCAAGCGCCGGCACCGCACCUCGGCGGACGACACCCCGGAAGGCACGUCGGGGAGGGCGAGGCCAUGCUCAAAGACGAGGAUGUGCCCGAGCGCCCUGUACAGAUAGAGAUUGAGGAUCGGACGCGAAGCCACGUCGAGCAGGACGAGCACGCACAGAGCCAAAAAGUGCUGCUGCAGACCGUGGACGCGCUCAUUCCCGACGAGGGCAGUGGCAGAAGCGGCGCCAAAGCUGGCGGUCCUUUGCGUAAGCCGGGACCUCCGGAGUCGGAUGAGAGUGACUUCGCAAACCACCCGAACUGGCUAGAAGGGUCUUCCGAGGACGACAGGGCGCCGGUCGUUUCCGCACAGAUUCGGUAUUCUCAAUGAAUUGAGAUUUUUCAUUUAUUCUGUUGUCCAAUGUUCCUGCUAUGCGUCUUCAAUAGAAAACUGAUUCGGACUAUGAAUGAUUGACAUUCCCCAGCAGCACUUCGUUCAGUGCAUGUUUCAAAAAACAAAUACAGGACGCCGCCGACCAGCCUCCCGGUCGUAUCGCUGCUCCCGAAGGCCGCAGCGAGUGCCGGACUGUCACAGCCGGCCGGCCAGCACACCGACUUCGAGUCGGACAUGUCCGAGCGUCCCCCCGUAACCACCUCGGAGGACGAUGACUUGGCAGUGGGCACCACGAUUCAGUACUUUGCCGAGAAUAGCCGGAUGUGGAUCCCGGGGCGCGUGAUGGCGAAAACCUCCAGUCUUAAGGGAAGCCACCUGUACUCCGUCCGGGUCUUUCACGGUGCGGGAAACCAUAAGGAGGAGGUAAACAUCGAGAAUCUGCCACGCGACCGUUUGAGAAGGAAAAAACCCUACGCCGGUGUGGUAGCCAACAGUUACAGCGCGCACGAUCCAAAGAAGAACAAUCACGGGCAUCCGCAGCAUAACGGGCAAGGACAACAUGGGGAACACCUCGACGUGGAGCAGGAAGAUAGUAAGAAGCCACGACAGGAGGGCGAAGCAGGGCCGUAUGACGUCGGACACUUGGACGAUGAAAGAUUUUGAGUUUGGACACAGUUCGUGAUUUCAUCUCGGCCAAUAAUUUUUGCUACCCGUACUAUGAUUACACUGUGUACAAUGAUUUCUUUUGACCCAUUUCGAUGUAAUCCACAUACGACCUACUGGCACGUUUAGUUCUACCCCAGUUAGCGGUAAAGUUUCCGCGAUCUCGAAAGAACCUAGGAUUGAAAAUUUUGCAUACCCCGAGAUUUUUUCGAUGUCUGACUUUAAUGGGAGAAACCCAUUUCCUGGUGGCUCUUUACUUGGUUAUAUAUCUU